AUGGAGGUCCCGUUGCCUCAGAUAAGUCCCCAAGGGAAUCGCCAAACGCCCAGCCCAACCUUCAGCACCUUCCUGCCCACAGACCUGUCUGGCGGGGGCAGUCAGGGCCCCGAGCUGCCCCUGAAACCCAGACCCCAGGCCCUGGAACCUGAGGAGGCCCAGGGCAGCCCCACGGCUGUGGCCACCCAGGCUUCGGAGGCAUCUCUCCAGGCCCUGGGGGCUGUCUCCAGUCCAGAUGGUGCAGCAAAGGCUGAGGAGGUGCCUGGGGAAGGAGGCCUGGCCCUGCAGGCCGAGAUCCGGGCUUGGUUUCAAAAGACCCAGGCCCAUUGGCUCUUGCAGCACGCGGCAGCCCCUGCCUGGUUCCACGGCUUCAUCACCCGGAGGGAGGCUGAGAGACUGCUGGAGGCCAAGCCUCAGGGAUGCUUCUUGGUGCGGUUCAGCGAGAGCGCCAUCACCUUCGUGCUGACUUACAGGAGCCAGACUCGCUGCCGUCACUUCUUGCUGGCGCAGCUCCCGGACGGGCGCCACGUGGUACUGGGCGAGGACAGUGCCCACACGCGGCUGCAGGACCUGCUGCGACACUACACGGCAUGCCCCCUCAGCCCCUACGGAGAAAAGCUCACCGAACCCUGUGCUCGCCAGACCCCCGAGCCAGCAGGACUUUGCUGGCGGACUGAAGACACGGACUCGGCCAGUAACCCCCAGGCCCGCAGCCCGCAGUACAGUGCAGUCCUCAAACACCGGCCGGCCCCCGCGCCAGCGCCCAAAGAAGCGGCUGCAGAGCCAAAGGAGCCGUCUCAGCCGCCCAGGCCCAAGCCUCCCCUCCCGGCCAAGCCUCAGCUGCCCCCUGAAGUCUACGCGAGCCCCGCUCCGAGACUCCGCCCCGCGCCGCCCCGCAAGCCCUCGCCCCCCAUCUACAACGAGCCCGACGAGCCCAUAGCCUUCUACGCCAUGGGCCGGGGCAGCCCCGGCGAAGCCCCCAGCAACAUUUAUGCCGAGCUGGAGGCUCUCUCGGGGCGGGAGCAACCUCGGCCCGCCGGGGGGCACCCGGCCCUCCGCAAAUGCCGGUCCCGGCCUGCCCCAGAGAGCCAGAAUCCAGGUGGCCCAAAGCUGCAUUCUGAGAACUCUGUGGCUGGACAGCCCCCUCCCUUGGCUCACCAGUCUGCACCUCCCGGAGGACACACCCUUCCCCACAAUCUUUCUAGACAGGCGCUGCAGGACCGAGGACAGCCCUGGCCCUCCCUGGGGUCACCUCGGUAGCUGGUGAGUUUGAGCUGGAAGAGGGUAACAUGCAGUGUCAG